AUGGCCGCGGCGAGCCUCGGGCAGCCGGCGCUGCUGGUGCCGACCUUCCCGAGCUGGCCAGGAGCGGCCGCCUCGGGAAUGAGCGAGCGCGUGCCGCUCCAGUCCUCGGCGCGGCCCUUCGCGCCCGACACGCUCGUCGAGCAGCUCGGAGCGGGGAUGGUGGUGCGCAUCGGCGAGGGCCCGGAGGACGUCGAGGAGGGCGUGGUCGCUGCGCCCGCCACGCAGGCGCCCGUCAUCGCCGCGGAGUCCGUCGUGGAGCAAGCCCUGGAGCACGCAACGGCCGUUGAGGCCGCCGAGGAACCGCCCUCCAUGGCCUUGGCGCUCGACGUGGACACCGCCGUGGAGCUGCCCCUCGCGGCGGACAUCCCCGUGCCGAAGGGGGACGAGGCGGAGCUCGUCGCGGAGCCACCCGUCACGGGUGCGGGCGCCCUGGUCGUGGAGCUCGUCGUGGAGGCGCUCGUGCUGGCCCUGGCGCACGCCCUCGCCGUGAAGCUCGUGGAGCUCUUCGCAGGGCCGCCCGUCAUGGAGCUGAAGCUCGUCGUUGUGGAGCUCGUCGUCGUGGAGCUCGUCAUGGAGCUGGAGCUCGUCAUGGAGCCGUAG